AAAUUUUCAAUCAUUUUCUACCAUAUAGUAAUAGCCAAUAUAAAAAUGUUUCCGAAUCGAUAUGUAUUAGAUUAUUAGAUGAUGAAAAUUUUAGCUAAGCAGACGUAUCGCGUUAUAAAAUUGAAAUGAAUUAAAUUUCGAAAAAUAAAGCAUACAAGGUUGAAAGUUUUUAAAAUCGAUUAUACCUUUGAAUCUCGCCUACACGCGAACUGGCUAACAGUGGCAUAUCAGUUGCUGCCACUCACGAUGGCAGGUGUGUUCUGGCUCGCAAUUUUCUGGAUGAUUAACCAAUUACAAAGGCGUUUGCAGUAGUUUCACUCAACGCGCAUCGUCCGGCUCGAUUUAGUUCACGGUGAUUUUCACCUAUUGGAAUAUAGGGUCCCAUGUGGUCGGUGCUGAUAAGCACUGGAUUGAACUUAUAUUAAAUUGCGGCUGAAACUCGCGGGUAUAAAAGCUCGAUUCCUUGGUGCUCGAAGCAUCAGCAGCUCUCUGGAGCUCCAAGGAGUAACAGGAAGACCCGACUCUCCGAGCAUCCACAACCGCUGCUACCAUUCGACGAUACAGUUGCUGCUAACAACAGCCAACAUGCGACGUACGAGGUACGUUGCACUACCAGUACGAGCAUGGCAGUACGUCGGCCUUCUGGUAGUGUCUCUCGCCUGCCUGACGUUAGGACUAGUCUCCAGGGAUAAGGAAGGACGAGCAGGCAGUCUGGCAGGACCUGAAAUGGAACACCAAGCGCCUCAUAAAGUGGAUGCCUGUCCCAACUGGAGUCCUUUCACCGAGUUGCCUUCCGCCUUAAAGCCUGACCAAGACCAGAGCAGGAUUUUAAAGAUGUCUAGAGAAAGCAGAAACAUCAGGACUAUCUUGGUACCAUCUCGAUCUCGAAAUGUGGAUCACGUCAUCAGAGGCCGAUUCCAGAUGCGAACAGAUUUCAGAAGCGCGGAACGAGAGGAAAGGAACGUUGCGAGUCAUUUCUCUGGACGUAGUCUGGAAUUCAGACUUGGAACUAGGAAUCAAGAUCGUUCGUUCAGACGCUCGUCUGAUCCAGCAAUUCGAUUUUCCCCAACUAUGGAUGAUCUUACUAACCGAAGAGUGUACAAAAGAUCAACGGAUAUGGAAAGGAGGCGUACCAACGAGGCUUCCCGUCAACGACGAUUCCUUACCGUUACACGAUCCAUCGAACGAGUCGAACGAGUCGAACGAGUUGCGAGAGAAAGAAACAAUGUUCGUCAGGACGAGCGAUCUCUGAGGAACGUCGAGGCACGAUCUCGAAUGCGAUCGAUGGUUAGACGAGAUUCGAGACUGGACCAGGAUCGUCGAUCUUUCGCUAGGUCAGAGGAACGCCGAGAACGAGUCAGUCGAUCGAACGAACGACGCGAUUCUAAUUCUCCUAGAUCGUUGAAAGGUUCCAGGAUCGACGACUCGGAACGCCGAGAGAGAGGAAACCAAUUCCAAUUGGUUCGCGAGAAGCGUGAAUCCGAAACUCCUACGACCAACUCGGAGGAAUUGAAAGGAGGACGGGUUACGAAUCGUCGCUCGGUUUCAACUUCUAGACGAACUUCCGAAAGAAGCUCGGCAUCACUCGAGUCCAGAAAUCGCGAAGAAAUUAGAGCUGAUCGUCGAUCUAAAGAACGAAGGUCCGAUCGUCGUGUCGUAGAAGAAAGGUUUAAUCAUCGAUCCACGGAACAGAAGCAGCACGACCGUCGUCUUUCGGAACGAAGAUCCGAGCGUCGAUCCACGGAACAAAGAACCGCUGAUCAUCAUCGUCGUCGUCGCGUAGAAGAAAGAUUUGACCGUCGUCGUCGUCCCGUGGAACAAAGGUUUAAUCACCGAUCCACGGAGCAAAGAUCCGAUCGUCGCCUUCCGGAACAAAGAUCCGAUCGUCGUAACGUUGAACAGAUUGAACAGAUUGAACAGAGGUUCAAUCAUCGAUCGGCCGAGCAGAGGUCUGAUCGUCGACUUCCAGAGGAAAGAUCUGAUCGUCGUCUGAUGGAACAAAGGUUCAAUCAGCGAUCCACCGAGUCGGGGUUUGAUCGUCGUCUUCCAGAAAAAAAGCUUAAUCGUCGCCUCGCGGAACACAGAUCUGAUCGUCGUCGUCAUCGUCUGCCGGUACACGAAUUCGAUCGUCGAUCCACGGAAGAAAAGUUUCAUCGUCACCGCACUGAAGAAAGGCUCGAUCGACGAAAUUUCGACUCACGACGAUUGAUCCUACAGAGAUACGACGACGCCAACCGAGUACAACGAACACGCUCUAUGCCUCAAAUUUCUCUACGAUUUAGCGAAAAGGAAGACAGACUUACCGAUCAAAUUCCUGUUACAGACAACAAUUUCCCGAGCUAUUCCAUCCAAAGAACUACUUCAUCAGACGAUUCAACCGCCUUUCGUAGUCACGCUAGAUCAUCACGAGAAAAGCUUUUGAAUCGUAACAAUGGUAUAUUAUCCAGGACAAACCUUUUUGCUGCUUCUGACAUCCUGAAACAAAAGAAUUCCAUGAAAUAUGCGCUAACGUUCGAAAUUAUACGCCAAGCUCUUGUCGUUGCUCUCUGUAUUAUCUACAGUUUAUCUCUUUUCCGUGGAAAACGUGGAUCCAUUGUCAGCAAUCUUGUAAGGCAGCCACCACCACGGUUCAUUCUAUGGUAGAUGAAGCUUACCCACGUCUCUAGAAAAAUCAACGAUCCGCUACUUUCAUCACCUAGUGAAGCUUUUAGUCAAUGUUCUAGCGUAAUACACUUGCGUUUGCACCCUUCCACUCUGUACUUGGACAAGUUUCUAUACUGUAUAUUAAUGUACAGCUAAUGUAUUCUAUGUAGAAUCAGAAAUGUAUCGCUUCUACCUAACAUAAGAAGAUAUAUUUUGUCCGAAUAAAUUGUUCAAAUCAAAAUCAAA